GGAGGCAGGCCACGCCCCCGGCGGCCGCCGCGCGGCGCAGGCGCAGCGGGCGCAGGAGCGGGAGGCGGUGCCGCCAUGGCGGACGGCGAGGGCUUGCUGUCCGUGGACUACGAGGUGUACGGCAAGGUGCAAGGCGUGUUCUUCCGCAAGUACACCCAGGGAGAGGCUAAGAGACUGGGGCUUGUUGGCUGGGUCCAAAACACCAGCCACGGCACUGUUCAAGGGCAAAUCCAGGGUCCAGCUGCCAGGGUGCAGGAGCUGCAGGAAUGGCUCAGGAAGAUAGGAAGUCCCCAGUCCCGUAUCAGCCGAGCAGAGUUCAGCAACGAGAAGAAGAUCGAGGCGCUGGAGCACAAGGAAUUCCAGAUUUUGAGGUGACUUUGUCCCGGAAGAAGCAGUCUGGAGCAUGAGCUGCCCUCGCGGAACAUUGCCUCUCUUCCUCACUCAUUCAGUCAGCCAGUGUUCCGCUCUAGAGAAGUUUAUUUUAUUAGAUUUCUAAUUUAUUGUUUUGUUAGUUAGAUGCUCAGCUUUUCACAGAAUUCCAGCGGGUAGAGGAAGAGCUAUGUUGUCUCUGGUAAAGGGGCUGUUCAGGGCCAGAACCUCUGUUUACAAGUGUAUGUGGUUUUGGGAAUUGUACAUAAGUCUGAAACUGGUGGAGUGUGGAUGUGAAGGAAAUCACAGGGUCAAUGCCGCUAGAAAACAUCAUUAAAAACACUAUUUCUGUGCACUAAAUGUCUCAGAAACAAUUUAUUUUAUCCCAGAACUUCAUAUUUUCUGUAGAGUAAAAUUGCUUGGAUUUCG